AUGCCAGAAAGUGGUUGCAGUUCAACUGUCGGCUGUUCACAUUACAAGAAAGAAAGGGAAACCAUUCACGAGUUGCUUCUUGUACUCGGCUCUCUCCACAUGCAUACAGCGAUUGAAAGAGAUAAGUUUGUGAAGGUCAACUACGGCAACAUCCCCCCAAAUGCUUUAGGAAAACUUUGA